AUGCCUCAGCUGUUCGAUAUCGUUCGAGGGAAAGUAUGGUGGUCUGAUUUGAGUAUGAGAAGUGUUAUGUUGUCUUCACUGUUUUCAGCACAGGCAAAUCCCUUUAUGUUUUUUAAACAUUACUUCUUAAUAAAAGCAUUUAUGCCGAGAGAGGUACGCCAAUCAACAACAACAGUAUUGCGCAACGAUCUCGACCUGGUUCACGUCGUGUUUGUACCUCAAAAGCCCGUGGAACCAAUUCAUUGCAAUUUGGAACAACUCCUUCAGCCGCCACCCAAAAGAGAAUCAGUGAAAGCAUUACGGGACAAGCAGAAAUUCGGGCACUAUACACGACAGAUGAUUUACAAACGAACAGAGAAGGAAUGGAAAGCGGUCCCAAAAUCGUAUCCAAUCGCAGAACCCGAAUUCGUCCCAGCACCACCAACACCAAGGCCUGAGUAG